UGACUCACCACUUCCCGGACAAAAUGUAACCGCACCGAGCUGCGAAGAAACACCAGAGAGGAUUCUUUUAUUCUUCUGACUUCAAUAGAAUCUGUUUCUACUGAGGAGGAAGAGGAAGAGGAGGAAGAGGAGGAAGACCAGUGUGAGCUGUUGGAUCCGGACUCAGACUCUCCUGUGUGAAUCCAUGGCGGGUGUCUGAGCUCCUCCUCCUCGCUGCCUGACUCCAAACUGACAGAGGAGGUGAAGAUAAACCAGAUUAAAGAUGUUGAUCAAGGGGAGAGUCUUCUCCUCCUCCGCCCUCCUGUUUCCAGGACGGGAGAAGGCAGCGCUGCAGGUCAACCCUGCCGACGUCCCCGCCCUGGAGAUCAAACUGGGAGCACUGGUGGUCCUGCUGUCCGUCACAGUCCUGUUUGGAUUCGCCCCGCUCUGCAUCGUCCGAGGAGCGGGACGCUGCAGUGUGGAUUCAGAUUUGCGGCGCAGGCUGCUCAGCCUGAUCAGCUGUUUUGCUGGAGGAGUGUUCUUGGCCACCUGUCUGCUGGACCUGCUGCCAGACUACCUGCAGGGCAUCAAUGAGGCCUUCAGCAACGCUGGAGUCACACUCCAGUUCCCUCUGCCGGAGUUCAUCAUGGCCAUGGGCUUCUUCCUGGUCCUGGUCCUGGAGCAGAUCGUCCUGGCCUUCAAAGACCAAUCGUCGUCUCACUCAGAGGAGCGCCGGGCUCUGCUGGUGGACUCCACCAUCCAGGCGAAUGACAGGAACAGUCGUCACCACUCCCACCGCCGCCGUGGCUCAGACGAGUCCGAUGGCGGUCACUUCCACGUGGACUUUGGCUCCCAGUCUGCCCUGCGCGCCUUCAUCCUGGUCUUCUCGCUGUCUCUACACUCAGUGUUUGAGGGUUUGGCGGUGGGGCUGCUGGAGGAGGGGAAGGAGGUGCUGGAGAUCUGCCUGGCGCUGAUGAUCCACAAGAGCAUCAUUUCCUUCAGCCUGGCCUUUAAGCUGAGUCAGGGACGGCUGCGGCGGUCGGUGGUGGCCGGCUGCCUGCUGCUGUUCGCCGUCAUGUCUCCGCUGGGCAUCGGUGCGGGCAUCGCCCUCACCGAGACCAAGGCGUCCCCGCAGCACCAGCUGGCUCGCUGCACGCUGGAGGGGCUGGCAGCCGGAACCUUCAUCUACAUCACCUUCAUGGAGAUCCUGCCGCACGAGCUCAGCUCCGGCAAGAACCGCAUCCCCAAGGUGGCCAUGCUGCUGGUGGGCUUCGCUGUCGUCACUGCCGUGCUCUUCAUUAAAAUGUAACCAUGGAAACAGACAUCCAGCAAAAAUGUCAGAAAGUCAUAAAAGGAGUUUACACGUUUGACGGCCAGCGUCUCAUCUGCUGCCAUGUGACAGUGUUCAUCAUGAAAACAGGUCAGAAUCAGGCAUCCAUCUUUUCAAGGUCUUUAACAUCGAGGGAAAUAAUGAAAACGUGUUGUAGAAAUCAAACACGUGCAGGCGCUCGCACACAGGGUUUUGUUCAUGCGAUUUAUAGACGUCACAAUGAGUCAUGUUGUCAGCUGGAGGUGCAGCUGCCUCUCCCCCACAGGGCUGUAGGCUCCAUAGGAGUGUUAAAAUGUGUUUGUCUUGUUGUGUUAUUGGGAGCCAGAAUAGAAGGAGUCAUGGCUCAAAACCAGCCGCCACUGCCCGUCAACAAAAACAAAGACAACUAUGGUUAAAUGUGAUAAGACCAAAGGACUGGACGGAGGCCAUCAUCAAAAAUGCUCACAUGUGCAGCGCACACUUCAUAUCAGGUUAGGGAAAAAGUAUUUCCUGUUGUAGGGAUGAAUAAGGUUAUGUGUAUUAAGGGUUAUCAUGUCCACCUCAUCAGAAACUGGGGAGGGAUUAAGAGGAAUAUUGGAUUUCUCUGGAACGCUAACUUUUUAGCACAUUAGCUAACGUUAGCUUCCAUAGCAAAACAAACAAGUGUGGUCCUCCUUUGUAAGAUUGGCUUCCUGUGACAUCAUCCAUCCACUGAGUGAGAGCAUACGGGUCGGCCAGUCUGGUCCCGUUGGUCAGUGUUUACUUAUUCAAGUAACACUGGCGGUCCCGGAGAGUGAGUGACCUGACAUGGUGCGUUGGUAAAUUCAGUCUGACGCUCUACACUAAAAUGAGAGCCCUGUUGGUGGAAGAAACGGAGCGUUAUAUUUCUACAUGAAUGAACCAACGGUUAAGUUAAUCACACAUUCACUCCGCUCGGCGCUCUGCUGCUCCGUCUCCACAGACAGAGUGUCCAGAGUGCGCUCUGCCACUCUGAGAGUGCGCUGCUCUGGAUAACCCAACGCUACAUUCAGACAGCGCUCCCAAUUUAUCAACGCUCCAGUUUGUGUCAGAGUGCGCUCCCACACUCACAGUGAGUGUUUCUGAACGCACCACUCACAUCAUCUUCCUCCAUCGUCUAAAACAAGACAACAGAAGUUGCUAGCUAACGUCUGUGGAUAACUGUUUUGCCUCCAGCUAAGCCCCGCCCACCAAAAAACAUCACACUGUUUACCAAUAGUAAAAGGGUCUAUUUGCACGUCAAUACAUUUUUUCAAACUAUCAUUUAUGUCAUGUGUACCUUUUCACAGAUUGACAAUAUCACCCAGUGAAAAAGGGUGUCAUUUUGUCAGAGAAAGGUCUAUAUUUUUUUUAGCUAUAUUGUUCUGCAAGAAAGACAUUAACCAAUCACGUUGUUUGUAACAAACGUGACGCCACUAUGUUAUGUCACCACAGUGGCUGACCUGUUGCAAGUUUGCAUCACUGCUGGUAUCAAUAGUUUUGAUGUGAGCGAGUAUUUUGCAUUUUGUGUCAUCCAUGUGUCGCUCUCAGUGUGUGUAAAGGCCUUCAGUAAUGUAGACUUCAUCUGGCGCUCCAUGACGACAUGAAUUAAAGUAAAUUGCCACCUAGAAUCUGUGAUUUCAGUAUCAAACAGUGUCAUGCUCAGUGGUGGAAAGUUACUCCGUGCAUUUACUCAAGUUUUGAGGUGCUUGCACUUAAUGUAAGUUCUGCUACUUUGUACUUUAGUUACUUUGCAGCUUAUCUCUAAUAAAUAAUAAUGUAUAACUACAGAUUAAAGUACCCAGCAGUCUAUAAAACAAUUAGAAAAAUGUUUAUUAUUCUAAAGUGAGUCAUUCUGCAUAAUGAGUACUUUUACUUUUGGUGCUUUAAAGGAAUUCUUCACCCACAAUACGACUAUUUGUAAUUCAGUUUUUCUCACCAACCCAGUCUCACUUCAAAGUUGUUGAAAUCUGGUGCUUGGGCAGUGACUUGCAGCGUCAAACACUGGCGAAAAAAGUCGUCCUUUAACAUUGGCAUGAUACGCAACCAGUCGUAUAGUUUAAUGGAACUCUGCAGCGUUAGGGGGGAAACAGUGAAACAAGAAUGAAAGUUAAGGAGCCAAAAGUCCGACUAGGGCGGGUGGGAGUGGUGCCGGAUGGGUCCAACAAACAUGGACUUUCACCUGAGAGAGUGGUGUUUGUGUCCUGUAAGAUUCUAAAGCCAAACCCUGUUCUUUUUUCCUAAACCCAACCAUGUGUCUGUUGUUUGCGUUGUUGAACGGACAGAGUGCUUUUAUUUUGAAAGAGACUUAAUGCAAAAUGUACAUUUCCUGUGAAAACAGAAGUGUAUUUUGAAAACAGACAAUGCAUGUAACAGGCUGAAGUUGACACGGCGUCCCAGAACGUCAACAACCAACACACCCAGGGUACCUUGGACGUCAUAUGUGGACGUGGAAAGUCCAUGACCAAACGUGGACAUGUGACGAGGUCACAGUGAGGAUAUUGUUCUUGCAUGUCUCCAUGGUAAACAUAUUGAUUGACUGAUUGACUGAUUGGGGACCACGUUUAACAACAGCAAAACUAUAUGAAAACGUGUUUCAAGAAACACAAAGAACAAUAAAAAUAAAAUAAAGAUAAAAUAUCACUGGAGCAGAUCAGCAAAGUUAGACGCACUGACGAUGGAAACUUGUAAUUUAAAGUAAGUACCCUGAUCACCUGAGGUGUCUCUCCUUAGAUAGUUUUAAAUAAGUUUACGUAACUUAUUUUAGCUUUAGUUUUUCUCCUGUACUGUGGUGCGUUCACUGACCCCUGACCCCUGACCCCAGCCUGAACCCUGAACUAUCAGAUCAGAUGUGAGUUCUUCAUGCACAGGGGCAUUGUGGGAUACGAGUGUCAGCAAGCAGCUCAUUAGUGUCCGUCUCCAACUUCUCACGUCAUCACAGAGGUCAUAUUUAUCUCCACAAACAACCAAAUAUCUGUGACUGGAUGAAACUGUUGAGUUUGUAUCUGUGAAAUGUUUCCUGGCAGAUCUGCAGACAGUUUGAAUCUGUCGUUUCUCUCCUUCUUCUUCUUCUUCUUCUUCUUCUGUGACGAGACAGAAACAAAUCAACUCUUUGUCUUUGUGUUCAGCGGGAAAUUUUCCUCUUUUCACUUCAGUAGAAAACAAGUCUUUUAUUUUGCCGCGGCUGCAGAGAAACGCUGAGCUGGACAAUGAGACGCUUGUUGUUGUUCGGUCAGAGGGAAUUUACCACACUGCUGCCUGGAAACCUCGUAUCUCCUAUUCAAGAUCAGCUUUGAUUUACUUUAACUUCAUUCAGUUUAAUGAGCAGAGAAAGAUCAUAAAUGUUGUGCAGAAAUCAUCAAGAUGAUGCUGACGUGAUGUCAGCGAAGAGUUUUAGACAACAGAAAUGUAUUUUUGUAAUUAAAACACCAAAGUCUUUGAUCCAAAGUCAUUUUAACGACCGCAGCAUUUUAAUCCUCGUGUUGAAUGUGUGAAAUAUGUCAUAUUUUGUAUUGUGAUGAUGAUGAUGUGUGAAAGAAUUCAACAUAAAAUAGUUUUUCAGAUCACAAA